GUGAUGACAGGAGGCGGUGAAAAUUUCGUCAAAGCUACAAUCAAAGACGCACUGCACAACCUCCAAGCAAUAUAUUGCCCACUUCGUCUUCCUGUUGCCUUAUCGAAAACAAGGGUUUCCACACUCGUUCAGGCCGAUUCCGGUUAUGCAUCCGAGGAUGAGCUAGACGAACAGCCCACUCACGCAGAAGACGCGCUCGCGACUCUCCGCGCGGAUGAAUUCGAAAAGGCAUUUGCGAUUCGCUGGCUAACUAGUCUAAUCGGACGAGCCGAAGAGUUAGACAUCGACGACGAAGAAGAGAGGUCCAAGAUUGUGGAUGAUGCUGCCUUUGUACUGGGAUCUUUCAGCGACCACGCUGCCGGGGACGACGCGGAUGAGAGCCUGACUCGAGAUUUCUGUUUUCCCGUUGCCAGUGGAACUUUGGCGAGCAAAGUCGUUGAAAUUCAGCUCAAUGAUGCGCCGCUCUCAGAGACUGACCAUACCGACGUCGGACUCCAGAGCUGGGGCGCGAGCAUCGUUUUCUCCGCCUUGAUGUGUGAGGACCCCGCGCGCUUCGGAUUGACCAAACUUCCCUUGGAUUCCAACAUCAUCGAGCUUGGCGCAGGCACCGGCCUUGUCAGCUUGGCAUUGGCAAAACUGCUCCCUGUGGUAUCAGACUCUACAUGUCGCAUCGCUGCUACAGACUACCAUCCCACUGUUCUGCAAAACUUGCAAAAGAAUAUCGUCACCAAUUUUCCUGGGCUUGAGGACAGCGCUUACCCAGUUAACACGAUGCUCCUCGACUGGUCCGAACCACCGGCUUCACUGGCAUCCACGGCUCAUAUGAUUUUCGCGGCCGAUGUCGUCUACGCCCCUGAGCAUGCUUCUUGGUUACGCGACUGCGCCGCACAUCUACUUCUGCCUGGCGGCAUCUUUUGGUUGAUCGUUACAGUCCGUAUGGUUGGCAAGUUCGAAGGAAUCCCGGAUACCGCCGAAGCAGCUUUUCUUAAUGAAUCCGAUUUACCUGUAAAAGAUGGUAGGAAAUUGAGGAUCGUGGACAAGGUGUCUCUGGAGAAACAAAGAGGUAUUGGAAGGGGCGACGAAAACAGCUAUAUGCUGUUCAAAAUCAUGUGGGUGUAA